AUGGCGAGUGGGCCCCCGAACCUGGUGCAAUUCUCACAGGAGUGCCUGUACUUUCCUCUCACGCAGACGGAUGCUACCAUUGAAAACAUCGUGCAGAUAAAGAAUCUGCUGCAGCGCACCGCAAUACGCGGUGAAAAUAUUAUCGCCUUCAAGGUGCUUAGCACAGUGCGCAACCGCUACGGCGUGCGACCCUCGAGUGGGCUCAUAUUGCCAGGGGAAAGUACAAAGGUUAAAUUUCUCCUUGACAUCCAGCAGCUGCGACGGUACGCUGCGAAACAGCAGCAAGGUGGCACCGCCAUCACCUCUGUGAUGCCGGACGCGAGCACCAGGGACGACAUGAUCGUGGAUGUCGCUGUUGUGCCAAAGGAGCAGGCAAUAGCAUACCUGACAAACCACAAGGACAAUGCGACAGCCAGUGCAAAUGACGGCAACAACACUGGGGACAUGUACGUCGAGGAGGCCUCUGCCUUCUGGAAGGCCCGUGGGCAAGUAAACCAAGUGGAGGCGAACGCUGAGCGCCGUAAACUGCGCUGUGUGCAUGGUGAACGUAAUGUGCCGGACAGUCUUGUGAUGCGAAUGAGCAGCGAGAAGGUGAGUGCGCUGGUGGCCACGCCCAUGACGCCACGCUUGGGCAGCUUCGGGCCCAGCAUACUGCCGCCAGCUGUCCCGACGUCGCGGCCACAAACUACUAUGACCAAUAUGAGCAACAAGACACCGCCACGCGCACCGCCGCGGAAUUCCCCGGCCACGUCCGCCAUGAGCCGUGAAAAAAUCUCGCCGUCCGUAAAUACUUCCCCGUCCGCUUCAUACGCUCCGUCAGCUCCCACGGCAGCCUCUCCUCUUGCUACUGCUACUGGAGGCCGUGGUGGCCGUGGUGGCGGUGCGAUGCAUUCAAAUGCCACCAUUUCUGGUGUUGAUAAUUAUGCGGCGGGCAAUGCAGGGGACGAAGAGGCGUUUUGGAAGACAUAUCUCUUCUUCAAGGUGCCUUUCCCGGUCCUAGGGAUGUUAAUAUUUCUUUCAUUCCUUUGUGCAUUACUCGAGAGUGGGACGAUUCUUACGUGGCUAUUGAUAGGAGAGUAG